AUGCCUGAUACAUAUGGAUUGAUUAUUGUCGGUAACAGUGGUGUUGUAACACAUCGAACUGAAUCAAUAACAUGCAUCUUGGGUGACAGACAUUUUAGAAUUUAUAACAUUCCCGGUCUGAUCGAAGGCGACGAAGAGCGCAUCGUUCUAAACAGACGUGAAAUCAAUCGAGCAUUUGAGGAAGAGAAAGACAAUUCACUUGUUGUUAUCUAUGUGUUUGGACAUCAGAACGGUAGAAUACGAAACGAGGAUAUCGUUACUUUUCGAGCCAUUCACAACGCUUAUACAUUUUGUUCGGAUUCAUUGAUAACAAUAGUUAACGGACUACCGCCUGAUCGACCGAAAAUAUACAAUGAAGACACUCAAGCUACACUUAUUGAUCUACUCGGUAUGAAACCAGGUCAAAUUUGUUUUAUUGAUCGUCUGAGCUCAGAUGACACACACCAUGUGGAGGUUCGAAAGUAUCUAAUCGAUACCAUUUUAAAUGUUCGUCCUCGGGCACACACUAAAACUAGUAAUAUCAGUUUGAUGACUGAUGACGCUCUUCAACUCAAAGCUGAUCUCGAUGUGAUUCGUCAUCAAGUGGAUAACGAACGACAUGAGCAUGAAGAUGUGAUAGAAAGUAUGAAGCGAGAAUACGAAGCGACCCAACGCUUAUCAGUUUUACGACGUUUGUUUUGUCAAGCCAAAGUUGAUCUUCGACGACUGGUGACUUUUCAUGAGCAAGAAGAACAUUUGAUAUCUGUUAUUGCACGAUGGGAAGCGGAGGAAAUCGGUUAUGAGGACGAUCCUACGUCUAAUCAUUAUAUACAAGCUGUGAGAAAUAAGCAAGGCGCUGAAGAGAAACUGACAAAACAUUUCGCUACACAACAUUAUACUGAAGUUGCACUAAAUGUAUGUCGAAAAGAUAUUGAACAAAUUUGUUUUGAGCUCAAGCAAAUUUAUGAUGGAAGAUUCGAUUAUGAAUAUGAACCACUUCGCGAAUACUACAUUCUUUUUGAUGAUUUGCGCUUCGAUCCAUCUAUUAGCGAUGCGAAACAUGACUUUGUCAACGAUUUGUAUGCUUUUACAUGCCUUCACUUUCGUGACAUUGAAUAA